GAGUAAUUGGUGUGAAUACACACCUGGCAGUACUUUGAGAUGUUCUAAAUCGCUACGGUCAAGCGUCUAGAGAUAAAGCUCAUUUUUGUGUCAGAACUACGAAGGAUCUGAUAUUCUGGACACGUUAAACCCUUCGAAAAUCUUCUUAGAUACUGAAGUACUUGGAUACAUUACGACCGCACCAGGUGCUAAGAAAAUGCGACGAGGUAGCAAAAAUCAGCAAUCAUGGGCACCUUAACUUACGAGGACUACAGCUACACGUAUAUGAAGGAAUCCCCUGUACAGGAUUAAGGACCGCCGCUCGAUGUGGUCAAAGGUGUUUCGAUAUUGUUGGGCACAAGAAUUAACCCCUGGGCCUCAGCCACUAUAUUCGCCACAAUCAUGGGUUUCCUUUUUCUACAUGCUAUGGUCAGCUGCUAUUUAUUGGUGGACAGGAUCUCCACUAUAGGGGAAGUGAUGCUUUACUUCGCAUGCAUGCUAUUGUCCGUGCUCAUAUUUGGAGGAGGAUCCAUACACUUGCGGUCUCAUACUUUAACCCAUAGAAGGGAACCAGAUUCGAAGAAAAAGAUUAAGCAGCUGGGACUGAUGUUCAAAUUACUGAAACUGUACCUCGAUGGACUCCCUUCACCCAUUAUCUCAUGUUUUCGAAGGUUUACUUAAGAAGAGUUGAAGUGGGCACCUACUCCUCGAAUGGCACCGGACAUUGAAGCCGGAGCUCCAUAGCAUACAUCGAGGGACGGUGGUGGAUGAUCUUUGUGACAAGAUGACGAAGCAGUACGGAAAACAGGACGCUGGAGUUUCGGUUUCGGGUCAUGAAGGCAUGCGGAGACUAGACACCACCCAGUG